AGGCAACAACUCAAUGCCUCCCUCCAUCACCCAUUUCUUUGUGAAGAAGGAGAGGAAAAAAAUCAUGGACAGAGAACAAGAGGAGCUCCAGUUUCUUGGGUUCUUCGGCAUCUUCAAAGAAUCCUUCAAGAUCAUCUUGACAUGGAGAAAAAUCUUCAGCAAGAUAACCCUAGCUCUCAUCCUUCCACUAUCCUUCAUCUUCCUAGCUCAUAUGCAAAUAUCCCAAAUGAUUUUCUUCAAGAUCCUUGACAAUCAAGAUACCUUAGACUUCACCCAAUCUGGCACGCCAAAACAUGAUAAACUCUCUGAUAUCAUCUCCGCGGAAUGGACUGCCUUCUGGCUCUUCAAGUUUGCAUACUUCACUUUCCUUCUAAUCUUUUCCCUUCUUUCCACAUCUGCAGUUGUCUAUACCAUAGCUUGCAUAUACACUGCCAAGCCAAUCACCUUCAAGAAGAUCAUGAGUGUUGUGCCAAAGGUCUGGAAGAGACUCAUGGUCACCUUUAUAUGGAGUUUUGCUGUUGUUGUGCUCUAUAACAUUGUUUCCAUAGUGGUUUUGAUCAUCUUGUCUUUUACACUUAUCAACCAUGUACCUGCAGCUGGCUUCAGGAUCUUGUUUCUCGUUGUUCUUGUUAUCUUAUAUUCUGUGGGGUUACUGUAUAUCACCAUAGUUUGGCAUCUGGCGAGUGUGAUUUCUGUUUUAGAAGACUUUUAUGGGAUUAAAGCCAUGAUGAAGAGCAAGGAAUUGAUAAAAGGCAAGAUGGGAAUUGCAGCUGCUAUUUUUAUUGUGGUUGGACUAUGUUUUGUGGGAAUUCAAUUCCUGUUCGAGACUUUUGUGGUUCUUGAGUGGACAAUGGAAAUCAGAAUUGGAAUGGGAUUACUUUGCUUGUUAUUGCUGUUUAAGGUGAUUCUCUUCGGCCUUGUCAUCCAAACAGUUCUCUACUUUGUCUGCAAAUCCUAUCACCAUGAGAAUAUUGACAAGUCCUCCUUGUCAGACCACCUUGAAGUUUAUCUUGGGGAAUAUAUCCCUCUCAAGUCCAAGGAUGUCCAGAUGGAGCAGUUUGAAGCCUAGAUCUUAAUUCUUACAGUUUUCUGUUUUUUUUUUUUUCCAUAAAAUACUCCUGCCUUAAUUUGGAGGUCUUGAAAUUUACUAUGCUUCACAUUGGUGCUUCUUGUUUACGUUGCAAGUGAUAUGCUUUUAGUUUCAUAAAGAACUGUAAAAAUAAUUUGUGCUUUAAUUAAUAAAGGGGAUUAUAUA